GAGGCAGUUGUGGGCGAAAAUAAAAAAAAGUGUGUGUGGCAAUGAAAAAAAAUAAUGAAAAGAAAAAGAAAACCACAUUAAGCGUGAUACGCACUGUCACGUGCGAUAAUUUCUCUUGCCCUUUAGAUUGGCGCCAUAACUCCGUCUUGUAAUGGAGGUAUUUGACCACUGUCCGCGCGCGCACCCAGUGAGAGAUACUCUGAGAGACAGAGAGAGAAAGAGUAGAGAGAGAGAGCUUCAAAACCAUGGCAGAGGUAAUCUCUCUCAUGGACAUCGACGACAAGGAAGAGAACCACUCUCUCAAGAAGUCAGUCAACAAGGGCAAAAAUGUCAUCGCCGCCGGCGACACACCUCACCCCAAAGCCACUCCUUGGGUCGAAAAGUACCGCCCUCAGUCCCUCGCCGACGUAGCCGCUCACCGCGACAUCGUUGACACCAUUGAUAGGCUUACAAGCGAGAACAAGUUGCCACAUUUGCUACUGUAUGGGCCGCCUGGUACCGGCAAGACUUCGACCAUUCUCGCCCUUGCGCGCAAGUUAUAUGGAUCGCAGAUGCACAACAUGGUUUUGGAAUUGAAUGCAUCGGAUGAUCGAGGAAUUGAUGUUGUGAGGCAACAGAUUCAGGAUUUUGCUAGCACUCAGAGUUUCUCAUUUGGUGCAAAGUCAUGUGUGAAGUUGGUCCUAUUGGAUGAGGCGGAUGCCAUGACGAAAGAUGCACAAUUUGCCUUGCGUCGAGUGAUUGAGAAAUACACAAAAAACACUAGGUUUUCUCUAAUUUGUAAUCACGUCAACAAGAUUAUUCCAGCACUACAGUCCAGAUGCACUCGAUUUCGAUUUGCUCCUCUUGAAGAUAUUCAUGUCAGAGAGCGAAUAAAGAUUGUUAUUGAGGCUGAAGGGCUUGAUGUACCAGAGAGUGGCUUAGCAGCACUCGUACGGCUUAGUAAUGGUGACAUGAGAAAGGCUCUGAAUAUUUUGCAGUCAACACAUAUGGCUUCUCAGCAGAUAACGGAAGAAGCUGUCUACCUUUGCACUGGGAACCCCCUGCCCAAAGACAUUGAGCAAAUAUCGUACUGGCUUUUGAAUGAAUCAUUUUCAGUUGGCUUUAGACAAAUAUCAGAUAUGAAGACAAGGAAUGGAUUGGCCUUGCUGGAUAUUGUAAGAGAAGUAACCAUGUUCGUUUUUAAGAUCAAGAUGCCAUCAAAUGUUCGAGUUCAACUGAUCAAUGACUUGGCUGAUAUAGAGUACAGAUUAACUUUCGGUUGCAAUGACAAAUUGCAGCUCGGGGCACUCAUUGCUACAUUUACCCGUGCUCGAUCUGCCUUAGUUGCAGCUGCAAAGUAGUUCGUCUUAAAAUGCAGGCAUGCGGCUUUCAUUGCCCUCGCAAUUUUUAUGCCUGUGGUUUCCAAUCUAUCUAAGUCAUUGGGAAGUAAAUAGUUUGAAAGGGGUUUUUUUUGGUGUGAUAUCAACUCCAGAACUAUAAGAUGCUUCCAUAUUUUCAUUAGCUAUGGGAAGGGAGGAUUGUAAAACUUAAACCCUUGUACUUCAAGAUCAAUGAGCUAACAGUUCUUAGCUUUUUCUUCA